UUUCAAGAGGUCUAUGGUCCAGCAUUGAGCAGAGACCAUGUGGUGUUUGGAGCUGCUCUUACCACUGCUGUUGAUCAUUAAUGAUGCCAGUUGCCAGUGGAACGUCUGGGUCCCCCGCGAUAUCUCGGCCAUGACGAACUCCUGCGUGGUCAUCCCGUGCACCUUCAUGUAUCCGUCCGGCAUCAGGCCGUACCGCGGCAUCCAUGGCAUCUGGUAUUUCGGCCAGCCCUACCCUCAGCUCUUCCCACCCGUCGUCUUCAAAUCGCGUACGGACGUCGUGCACGAGAGCUACAAGGGCCGCACCAAACUGCUGGGCGACCUGCACCAGAGGAACUGCACUCUGCUCAUCAACAACAUCGGCACAGAGCACUCAGGGAGAUACUACUUUCGCGCAGACCUCGGAGGAGCCAAUAUGUACACCUACCCAGAUUAUGCUGAGCUCAAAGUUCUAGAUCAGCCCAACAUCGACGUCCCAGAGGAGAUUGUCAGUGACGAGAGCCUGGAGCUAACAUGCUACGCUCCCGAUAACUGCCCGGACAUGACUCCGGAGAUCCAGUGGAUGUACACGGACUACCUGCCCGACCCGGAGUUCAGCUCUGACUACCUGGAGGAGAGCAACACCGCAGUCCUCUCCAACACCCUCACCUUCACACCCAGGCCCAUGCACAACGGGCAGCUGCUGGGCUGCAGGGUCUACUACCCCAACACCACACUGGUCUACGAGAGGCUCAUCUCUCUAGACAUAAAGUAUGCUCCGCGCUCGGUGUGGGUGAACGUCUCCUCGGAGGUGAUGGAGGGCAGCUCUGUGACGCUGCACUGCGAGGUGGACAGCAACCCUCCGUCCAGGAUCUCCUGGAUGUUCGGAGACCAGGAGCUGCUGUGGGACACGGCAUCCAACGUCUCCCUCUCCCUGGAUGACGUGACGCCUGCCAAUGAGGGAAUCUACACCUGUGUCGGGAACAACGGCUACGGCGUCAUGAACACGUCGCUUUACCUGGCGGUCAAGUACCCUCCCCGAGAGCCCACCGUUAACAAUUCUAUGACGGUCCUGGAGGGCACCUCGCUGGCCCUGCACUGCAGCACCCAGGGCAGCCCGGCGCCGACUCUCACCUGGCUGAAGGACGGGGAGCUGGUGGGCACCAUCACCGCCGACGAGCUCUCUGUGCUGGAGAUCAUGGAAAUCACGCCGCAGGGAGACGGGCAGUACCGCUGCCUGGCCGAGAAUGAGCACGGACGAGCCAGCAGCUCCCUCAACAUCACCGUCGAGUACGCCCCGGUCCUCCUGGAGGAGUCCAAGUGCACAGUGGUGAGGGAGGGCGUCCAGUGCGUCUGCAUGGCCACGGGAAACCCCGAGCCCACCAUCGAGUUCUACCUGCCCGACCUGAACAUCACCAUCAACGAAACCGACGGCCGGUACAACUUCUACACGCACACGGACGGGCACACGUCCACGGGCAUGAUCAAGCUGCGAGAGAAAGGCGAGCGGGUGGACAACGGCGGCCCUGCUGUCAACGUCCACUGCAGCAUCUACAACAUGUACGGAAGAGAGAGCGUGCUGCUGGAGCUACAGCAGGAGAAAAAAUACAUGAUGGCAGUCAUAGUCGGCACCAUUGGAGGGGUGGCGGUCAUAGCCUUCAUCAUCGCAGCAGUGAGAUACGUCGGCCACAACAACAAGAAAGAGAAUGGCAACCCUAGGCAGGACGUGGUCCUGGAGAACCCAGCUUUGUACUACAGCGCAGUCAAGAAGGACAAACAAAAUCUGAGGAAGAAAGUGCUUAAGACAGAGCUGUUGGGCUCAAAGUUUAACUCCAUUCUAGAGGAGACUACGGGAGAAGACGGGGAUUAUCAACCUGUGGGCUCUAUGGCAGGACUGGAGAGGCAAGAGCUGAAUUACGCUGCUCUGGAGUUUAUUGGGGCCAGGCCCAGGGAGGGGGCCUCAGGGAGGGGGGAUGACGGCAGCAACUACACGGAAAUCAAAGCCAAAUGAAUCGCGAUCCUUCCCUGAUCCCUCGGCUAUGCGAGAUGCAGUGGCAGCCCCGUAUUUCACACAUCCUCUGCCCCGUAAACUGUCUUAUAACCCCCCUCUCCUCUCCUGGAUUUCACCCCGCAUACGACGACUCCUUGUUUCUCAUUCCUUCCGAUUUGUCUCAUGUAAUGUACCACUCUACGCCAGUACUCCCCCCCCCUGUGCUGCCCCUCCUCCAUGGGACGCCCCGUCUUACACCGCCAUUUGGAAAAACUGGUAUUUUCCGGGGUUCGAGCAAGACCCACUGGACAAUGUUAAACAAAUUAUUUCACUUUCCAGCCUCUGUUGCAGUACACCGUCUCUACAGCGUUAACCGGCGACCAUGUUUUUAUUGCUUCCUGUGUGUCACUGCUGGGUGUCGCAUUCGUCUCACCGUUUCGCUCUCCAUCUGUCUCGUAACUGUCACUGUGUCUGCUGCCAGUCGAAGCGUCAGGGCAAGGAGUAACCGCGCUUUCCGUUCUCUUAUCUUUUGAGUGUGUUUGUCGACUGAGAGCGAACCCCUCUUCCUCUCUUUUUCUUUUUUGGUUAAUUACAUCCUUUAGAAGAUAACCGACGAGGGCGAGAGAUGGAAUCGCGUCUCGGCAUCUUGUUUUCCACAUAAUUGUAUUUAAUGUGUGCUGUGACUCAGUAGCCUCUCGUAAUAAAUUGAAAAAAAAAAAAAAAAAAAGCCACCGUCACUUUUGAUAAUAAUUGAAGAGGUUUUGUAAAUUUUAAGUGACACACACACACCGUCUGUUAAAUGUCACACUUUGUUUUCCAGCAGUUUUCCAUUUGAGUGUAGAAUGUGUUGAGAUUUGUUUUGGGUUUUUUUUGGGGGGGGUGGUGGGAUUUACCUGCACUGUGGCCAAUGCAAAAUGUCUGUCAUCUCCUACUUCUUCUCCCUACAGCAUGUGUUUCUUCGCAUACGUUCCAGCCCAUCUGAAUUACACAGACCCAAAGCACAACAUACUUGCUCGUGAGCGGCCGAAGUGUUAUCUCUUUUAGACAAUGUGUGUGUAUGUAUGUAUGUGUGUGUGUGUGUGUUCAAAUUGUGCUGAAAGAUCGCCGGACGCUGAUCUCUGGGGGGGGGGUCUUUGGGAUGUUCGAGCAUCGCCUCGCCUGUUGGUCGAUGCUUUACUCUCACAGGAAUGCGUCAGAUGUCUGAAUGACAAAUAAAAAAAAAAGGGAUGCUGACUAGCCAGCUGGUUGUGCUAUUCAAAGACAUUUGAUGAGCCUGUGAUGUAAUAUUAAAGCUCACUAAUAGUCUAACUUGAUAAUGAUGGUGUCAGUAAUAUAUUAAUUUGAUGUAUAUCGAUAGGGAAAGGGAUGCCGGUAUGUACAGGAAACACCCUGCGUGAGUCUUUUAGCCACAUUGAAGUUCUGAACGUUGGCGACAACCCCGAUGUGGCAAAUUAAAAGCGGUCUCAUCGCACAUCACUCAGCCACUCUGACUGAACACUGUCUUAAUAUCAGCUCGUAAAACAGUACCCCCGACCUCUAACUAGUCAAAUCAGAGGCAACGUUUACAUGCAGCAAGUUGUUAUCCACUGAGGUUGAUUUUAAAGUAAGCUGUGUUCGAUUCACGCAUUGAUGAGAAUUCAACUUAGCAUCACACUUCUAUUAAACGGUUGUGCAAAACUGUAGCAGCAAGGAUGUCCUGGGUUUAGCUCCUGGUAUUGGUUAACCUCCAAUAACACUGAACCCCAGAUUACCCACAAUGCAACCGCUAGCAUCUUUUUGUCAGACCUAUCCUGCCUCACAGACACUCAGUGUGUCUACUGUUCAACUCCACAUCCAGUCGUCACCUCGUAGUCUCCGUGCUUGAAGCUUAUUUUGUCCGAUUUUUUAUCAAGCGAACCUCGAACUGCAGAGGACAUGACACAACAGUACUGUUCAUGAGUUAUGGAUGAUAUACACCUACAGAGGAAGUUACCACUCCACUUCUUCCAGACCUGUUUGUGUCAAAAACGUACCAACAACUCACUGCAGCCGUAACAGACGAGCAUCAUUUUAAAUAAGAGCAAUUAUUGUCUAAAUGAACGCCUGAAAAUUGACUUUCUAAAAUCACAUUCAUCCAAGGAUUUUCCUCUCCUUUACAGAUGCUGUUUAACUGUAUUCACAGAUGUUUAUAGUAGAAAAAUAAAACGUACCUGGAGACGUGAAGCGACCUCUGCACGCAUCCUGAAUUAAGCCUUAUACAUUUAAAGUGUAGUAAUCUGCCCAUUCUGUGGCCUCUCAUUUAAAAUGACGGAUUAAGUUCGUUACGGCGGCAGCGUGUCUCGCUUUCUAAAUGGUUUCACAACCGGUUUCGCAGGAGUACAAAAUACGGCAAAGGCCUCCAGCGCUGUAAACUGUAUCGCUGCAGUGUUUUUAUAGGAGGGAACUGCAAUAUUAAACCAGCAAAACGGCACUAUGAGGAGCACUGCAGUUUAAUCUGUUGCUGAACUGAACUCUUGAACCCAAAACGAUGUCUGCCAGUUUGAAUAAACUGUGCUGAUGAAGCCUCAGGUUGCCUCUGACGAAGCAAAAGGAGGAUGACAGGGUAGCAGAAUGUGGGAUCCCUUCACUGACAUCAGACCAAACCCAUGUUGCUGUGCAGUGGAGGUUAGAGAAAGUCCUGCUCAUCAGAUGCUCAUCAGUGCUGGUGACGUGUCGGGUGCAGCGAUUAUGUUUUACCUGCAGCUGAGUGACGGCAAAUGAGCCGACUUAAAUUUGGCUGAAAAUGCUCGAAUCAAACACUGUAGAUUUAUUUUAUGAUUAUUUAAAUUUAAGCAGUGCAUUAGUACAUAAUACGUAAAGCUAGGUGCUGGGUUGUCACAGUGUUAUUUAGACAUUCCAAUCCGAAACAAGUUUAGAAAAUGUCUGCGCGUGUAAACGAAGCCGUUGUCUACCAGCUAUUCUCAUUAAUUUGUUUAUUAAGACAUUGUUCUGGAGGAAGUUUGCUCAACUUGCCCGUCUGCACAAAGUCAGUAACCACUUCCUGUCCCUGAACGUAUUUUUUUAUUUAAUUUAUUUUGAAAAAAGUAGAAAUAUCCAAUAUGUCUAAUCUUUUGUCACAGUGUGUUGUAAAGCAGAUUUGUAUGUCCAAUACUUUGUGGUGAUCAUAAUUAUCAUUAUUGAGUUGGGGUUUGUUUUUUUGUUUGUUUGUUUGUUUGUUUUUUGGUUUUCUACAUCUACGAUUGACAAAAUAAUUCAGAUCAGGGUUUUUUGCAAUCUCUCUGCAAAUUAGCAUUGUUCUUUAAUGUCAGUAGGUUUUUUCCUGCAAAUGAUGUAGUUUGCUUGCUCUUUUAUUUUAAACAAGUCUUUGACGCCUCAAGCAAAUUCAUCUGUCUUCAGUUCCGUGCAAAUAUAAAUAAAAUAAAAAAAAAACAUCA